AUUUGAUUUAUUUAUUCAUGAAAUAAUAAUAAAUAUUAGAAGACUCUGAUUCAGAAUACAAAUAAGAAGUUGUCUCUAAAACAAUUAAUGAUAGAGAAACUAAAGUAAAACUUACUUACAAAGAAAUCUAAGUUAGACCAGGAGUCUUAGAAAGAUAACAAUGGGAAAAGUGGGGAGAAGUAUCUUCUAUUCCAAGAGGAUAAUUUAGAGAAGGAGAUAUGCUUGUAGAAGCUGAAUUAAGAAUUUAAGCUGCAAAUAAUUAAGAAGAAUGUAAUUUUAUUAUCCCUCCACCUAAAUAAUUGUUUGUGGUCAGUUUUGAUAAAGAGUAAUAAAAAACUUAAACAAAUCAAUAAACUGGUAUUUAUACUAAUUAUGAUAGGACCUCGUUAAAUUGGUUAAGCUAUUGUAUUUGAAUAAGCUCCUGCUUCAUCUUAAUGGUUAGUUAUUGUAUCAAAUCUUGUUUAAUUUGAAUAUGCUGAAACCUUUUUAGAUAUCAUAAGUUAUUAUUUCUUUUAAUAUUUUUAGGAGCCAAAGAUGAUUUUAGAGGAUGGUUGAAAAAAUAAUUAGAAUAAGAAGAAGGAAGAUUCAGCUAUUAUAUUAAUUUCUUAUAAAAUAGAAGAAAAUAAAAAGUAUAUUCUCAAGAUGGAUAAAAUUCUCAUUAACCUUUGAUAUAAAAAGUUAUGUUGAAGUUUUAAGAUAAAAAUAGAGCAGAAAUUGCACUUGAGAAACUUAAUGGCAAAAGUUAUGAUGGUUGUAUUUUACAAUUAGAAUUGUAAGAAUAAAGACCUCGUUGAAAAUUGUUAUUUUGAUAUCAAUUUGUGUUAAAAGAACUAAAC